GCAGAACAUAUUAUUCUCCGAACCACCCGAUCUUUGGUACAUCUGCAACAGCAGGGCACUGGUUACCUGAACCCGAACUCUUUCACCUGCAACUCCCUCCCUGUCUCCUCGGCCAUCCAGGAAAAACCAUAGCCAGCAGAAGCAGCGACACCUCCUAAACAAAUAACAACCCACCUAGAAAUAUACGGCCUUUUUUGACUCGAGAGAAAGAAGCAUAAAAGAAAUCCAUGGAACCCAGCAACCUCAACAAAGAACAAGACCAGAACUCGUGGGCCCUUAAUGCUUGGACCCUUCUCUCCAAACUCCGUGACCAAUCUCCACUCAUACAGUGCAUCACCAAUUUUGUUUCAAUGGACCUUAUGGCCAACACUCUCUUAUCUGCUGGUGCAUCACCAGCCAUGAUACACUCUAUAGAAGAAAUUCAAGACUUCACUCCCCUUAUCCACGCGCUUUGUAUUAACGUGGGUACACUCUCUCCUGCCUGGUUACCGGCCAUGAGGGAAGCUGCUCUGGUAGCUAAUAAAGCAGGGAAGCCUUGGAUUCUUGACCCUGUUGCUGCCGGAGCUUCUUGUUUCCGGUUGAAGGCUUGUUUGGAGCUUGUGGGGUUGAAGCCCAGUGUUAUUAGAGGAAAUGGGUCCGAGAUUAUUGCUCUUUCUAAGGCUUCUUUAGGAGCCACUAAGGGUGUAGAUAGCUCUCAUGAGUCAAUGGAUGCAAUGGAAGCAGCAAAGUCCUUGGCUCAGUCAAGUGGGGCCAUAGUUGCUGUCUCAGGAGCUGUUGAUAUCAUUACAGACGGCCACCGAGUUGUUGGUGCUCAUAAUGGAGUCUCCAUGUUGCAAAAGGUCACAGCAACAGGAUGUGCUGUCACUGCCCUUAUUGCUGCAUUUGUCGCUGUCGAUCCAUUGCAUGCUUUGGAAGCAACAGCUUCAGCAUUGUCCAUAUUUGGCAUUGCUGGGGAGAUGGGAAUGGACAUGGCCAAAGGUCCUGCGUCAUUGAGAAUGCACUUGAUCGAUUCCCUGUAUAAUCUUGAUCAAGCUUCUGUAUCUUCUCGCUUAAAGGUUUCCAGUCUAUGAUGACACUGGAGGAGCUCUACAAAGAUGGCAAUGAUCUGGUAACUGAUUCGCAGCUUUUUAGAAAAAUGAGCUGCUGUCGUCUUGUGUGGAUUCUGAAUUGCUGCCUGGGAUGGUUUGUCCUCCUUCCCUCCCUCGUGGGAGAGGGAUGAUGUCAUCCUUGUCUGCUACAAUUGUUCAUAAAGAACUUAUCAAAUUCAUGGAGAACAUACGCUGAUUUGGUACUUCUUAGUGUGAAAUCUGGCAUAUCACCAUUACUCUUUUCUAAGGCGUUCAUUCAGUAAAGAAAUUUCCCUUUUUAUUCUUGUCAUCUCAAACACGAUCUUGGUGUUUCAGAAAAGCUUGAAUUUUGUAAGCUUUUUCUUUAGAUUUGUACCUCUAGUUACCAAGUCGGACUCAGAUGUCUCUGUUGAACACAGAAGGGCGUCAUUACUGUUGGUUUA